AAAAACAACACCAAAAGAGAAGUUCUGAGAGGCGCCGGGCGGCCGUUUGUUGUGUUUUGGUAGACUUCACGUAAUAAAUCCUGGUCCGAUCAUUAAAUCCUGGUCCUCUUCCCCGAUUCGAAGAAGAUAUUCAUGGUAGUGGUCCUGCAUGCAGCUUAGUGCUGCCGCGGCAAGCAGAUUCCUUACUUCAAAAGAAGCAACACGAUCAACAUGGAAUUGCACCGCAGAAGCUGGGAGAACCAAGUUGCAACCUCGCACACCGAUGUGGCCUAGUACUAAGUUUGCUGGUACCAAGCGCAAGCGGAGCCUCCGAGGUGAAGUUAGAGUAGAGAAUUAGGAGGAGCAGUACUACUAGUGCAACAAUAUCUACUAGUACUGGGGAGUAUUAUCCGAUACCUCCACUACUAGCACGUAUCUAGAGGAACAAGCCUAGUUGUUGAAGUACAGCAUUUUGUAGUAGAACAAGAGCUUGUGCUUCUACUAGAAUAACAAGGAGCAGCCGAGUUACGAGAUGGAGUGUUUGAAAAACUGCUGUAAGCGUUGCAUGAGGUGCAGAGAUCCUAAUGCCUUUUUUGAGGACGAAGACGGAAGUGGACUCGAAGACGACAACUAUACAGGAGUUUAAGACGACAAAUAAUAAAUAUAGAGGAGUUCAAUUAUGGUCAGCUUUUUUCCAUCAUUCUUGGCAUCUUGGUCCCCUUUUGCCUUGUAUUCUCGUGAAAUACAAGGUAAAAGGGGCCAAGAUGAGGGGGCCGAGAUGCAGUCUAGCAGACUCUAAUUCAAGACCCUUUUUUUAUAUCUUCAUGCUCUCUACCUUUCUCCUUUCCUAGUUAGGUUGGCUCCACCACUACUAUAAAUAGGAGUUUAAGAUGCGAAAACUAUACAGGAGUUUAAGACGAGAGUAGCAAACCAGAAGCCUGCGAGUCAUUCCGUAUCAGGAUCAACGGGAACAGUCGCGAGACCACUAACAACCCAACAAGAGGCUAGACUGGUGGGUAGAAGUCGCCCGUGAUAUCUUAGGCAGCCUGCCGAGUAGAUUCACAUCAUCAAGACGCAUCAUCUAAUCCAAUGCUCUGCGUCCAGAAGAUUUUGACGUUUCAGUCGACGUCCUCGAUAAGGAGGAUGACAGGAUUAUCAGAAGGAGAUCAAAGUCUGUACUAAAUUUUCUUCAGGGAGAACAUUACCAUCUCCAUCUGCUUCACAAGAACUAUAGUAGGGUUAGUUCUAGUUGUUUUCGUUCAUUGUAUUCGCCUGGAAAAAGUUUGUUAUUCUUGUUCUCUUUGCAGUACUUGAUUUGGUUUUCUGUUCACUAGUACUUCUUUACCACGUGGUCGUGACAUCAACAACUGUUGAACAAUAUUUCUAUUUCACAGCUACAAGACGAGGAGGAGAGAGCCCCGCCAGCUGCUGGCGAAUCCGACGACGAAGUAGACGAUAUCGAUAUCGAUAGCGAGCAUUACAAUGUUGGCGGGGAGAGUGAUUAUGGCUAGUUGAAGAGUACUUCUUUGCGACUGCUGGAUAUUCGAUAGUGCAACAGUAGACUCUUGUUGCGAGCAGAAUGAGUAAUCAGUGAAAUGUACUUGGAUUUUUGAAAUGUCCUCUGCGACCACUACAUAGAUACACGACAUAAUCUUGUAGCUUCUGAAGCUUUAUGCACUUUCCCUGCUAUUUCUGUGUCUCGUCUGAAGAAGGUGUAGGAUCUUCUGGAUCUAUCUUCAGGCGACCAGAAGUCGUUGUCAGGAGAACAUCAAAGAAGGUACAGGGUGACUGAAAGGCCUCUAGAACGUUAGAAUGACGUAAAACGAGGUUCCAUGACAUGACAUGGACCUGCAUGUAUUGUUUCUAUCUGUUUGUAUUUAUAAAGUCUACGCACAUUCUUGUGGCGCCUCUAGGUGUAGCGGGUGCCUACGUACGCUUCUUCAGACACUCACUCUAACUUUCUCGUGAUGCCGGUGCCGCGAUCGGUCAAAAUUUAUGGAACUGAUGCUACUACUAGCAGAGUUCUUUGAGUUUCGAUGUUUUUAACUACGUCAUACGUAGUUUCCUGUCUCGUCUAAGGACAAGCGGAACUAGUCGACAAGAUUACUACAUCAGUGUUUAGGGUUUACUACCUCUACUAGGGUUUAGGGUUUGCUGCAACAAUGCCAGGUUGUUUUGGGUUUAGGGUUUGGGUUUAGGGUUUUGGAUCUGCAUAACUAGUCGACACGCAGACGUCUAAGUGGAACUAGUCGACAAGAUUACGGAUCGGCGAUGCCGAAAGGAGGGGAUUUAGCUAUGGCAGACUGGUUAGAUCAUUGAUAUAAUGAUGAGCGUUUUGUUUCUUUGUUUCCUUUCAAUUUUGACUCUUAGGAGGUCUUCGUCUGUUCUCGCUUACUUGUAGUACUUGGAUCUCUCUGUCUUUACUAUCGCUUCUUCUUCUGCAGUUCCUCUAGAUGAAUUCAUGCCUAUAAUUGCCCGGCACUUGCUUUCUCUUUCUCACGCAUACCACCAGUUAAUAUUAAUUUUGAUUUUAUUUAAGUUGACCAUGAUUAGUGAGUGAGUGAAUUUAGCAGGUAUACAACUUCUACUAGUUCUAGUACUACAACGAACUAGGACGAGGUUGUACAUAGAAAGUAUGUAGCUCUUGAAGUGCCUGGCUCUCGAUUUAGCAUCGUCCAGUAAUCAAAUGCUCCAGGCGUGUAGAUACUAGACAGUAUGAGUAUGAUACCAAAAAAAAAUCUUGAGACAUGAGGUAGCGUGACUAUGACAUGACAUGAAAGUCUAAUUCUUAGCAAGGCCAAGGGAUUAAUUCUGCCAUCGCAUCUCCACAACACUCUUCAGAUGAGGAGAAAAGUCACCAUAGCCGACUGCAGGGAGCUCGUCUGAAAAUGCAAAAUGCCGCAAGACUCGCAGGUGGUCUCGAAGGCCUAGCACAGAAAGGCAAAAAAUGAAGAUGAGUCAUUCUUCCUUGUUCUAAAGAACAAC